GUCAGUAAGCUAAGCACUGAGCUAAUGACGAUUACUUAUUUCUAUAAGUUGUGUACCGUUUUCAAUUUGUAAAUUUCCCUUAUUUUUGUUUAUGUUGGUAUGUUACGGGAGAACUUAUUUCAUAACAUGUUUAAUGAAACUCAACCGGAACUAAUACUGAAAGUGUUUGUUUCAUAAGACUAUUAAGAUAGCUGCACCAAUGUGUCACAUGCGAAAUGGUUCUGACAGGGAAAGGACAUUAAUUGUGAUGCUUACACAGAUGAUACAUAGCGUUUUUAAACGGAUAUUCUGAUAGUGUCGAUAAUGGCUCGGGUUGUGAAAGUGUUUGUAACUCUGCGGAAUCAUUGGAAGAAGUCCACAGUCGCUGCGUGUGCCCUAUCAUACGGUGGACACUGGCUGUACGGUAAACACUGUGAUAAUCUGCUGCGAAGAGAUGCUUGUCUGGCGGCCAGGGAAUUUGGACGUCAGCAGAUAUCACCCCAGGAGCAGCUGAAGAAAGCCACAGUCAUCCUAAACCCAGCAGCUUGUAGGGGGAAAGCCAACAACUUAUUUGAGAAGAAUGCUGCGCCUAUAUUACACCUGGCUGGUAUGGAGGUAACACUAGUAAAGACAGAUUAUGAGGGCCAAGCAAAGAAAUUGAUGGAGCUGAUGGAGCAAACAGACAUGCUGAUUGUGGCUGGAGGGGAUGGCACUCUGCAGGAGGUUAUAACUGGCUUGCUGCGGAGGGCUGAUCACGAGUCGUUCAGUAAAACCCCCAUAGGAUUUAUCCCACUGGGCUCCCACAAUUCCCUGAGUGAGAGUCUGCACAUCCUCAGUGACAAUCAGGUGAAACGCAUCACAUCAGCGACAUUGUCUAUCCUGCAAGGAGAAACGGUACCUCUGGAUGUGCUGCAAAUCAAGGGAGAGAAAGAACAGCCAGUGUUUGCCCUGAUUGGUCUACGGUGGGGGGCCUUCAGAGAUGUGGCUUCCACCAUCAAAAAAUAUUGGUACCUUGGCCCGUUGAAGAUAAAAGCAGCUCAUUGGUUCAGUACGUUACGGGAAUGGCCCCAGGUUCACGAGGCCUCUGUGUCCUACAUGGCCCCGACCCUUCGCCCUCCUGACCUGCCGGAACAAAAGCCCCAGCGCCCCAACCUAAUGUACCGCAUUGCCCGCAGACUGAAAAAUUACUGGUACCCACCUAUUCCAGAGCCUCCCAAAGUGGAGGAGCCAGAGAGGUGGGAUGAGAGAACGCUGUCUACUUUGGAGCUGUCAAUCCAAACUCGGAAUAAAAACCCUGUCCAGACACGUAUUGAUGACUCCCUGCUGGUGUGUGUGGAGCCGGACUCCUUCACUGUGGGAGAUUUUAUCACUGUUGGAGAGAAAAAAGCGGAGGACUCAACUUCAUUCACCAGACAAUCACUGAAGCUGGAGGCUAGUGCAUGUCGACUCAAUCUGCCCGAGGAAGGUGCUGGCUUCUACAACAUCGACAACGAGGAGUACGAGGCCAUGUCGGUGGAGGUGAGGCUGUUGCCACGGAAACUUCGCUUCUUCUGCAGCGCUGAACGCAGAGAGCAGCUCCUCACACAGGUCCUGUAAGGGAAGUGCUGCAGUGACAACAAUAUGCAGGACACAGAGAAAUAGGGAGGGAGGAGGGUCAAGGCAAGGGGUCAUCAGUGGCUGUACUGGGACUCUACCUCUACUGUAUCUGGGGGUGUUUUUCUUUAUGUCUGGAGUAUGUCCUUAAACAGCCACACAGCUGGACCAGGGUGGACCAGUCCACAGUGAGGUCUCAUUGUUACAGUACAUUGACAUGUUCAGUUGAAAUAUUUUCACAAUUAUGGAAGAUGACAAUAUGAUGCAGUAACAAGGACCAAGCAUUUUGGUUGCUAUUGCCAAACCAAUUAGCUUAUAGAAGUCUGCCCGGCAGGACUAUUGGUGUAAUAAGAAUCUUAUUCAAUAAUUUGGUUAUGAUGCACACAGUUCUGUCACUUUUUGAUACUGAUGAAAAGUGCAGACUUUGUCCUCCAUGUACUCUAUGAUCAGAUGAUACAUUGGUAUGAGAAUCACUCUCCCUUGGCAACACGAUCACAAAUACAAUCCAACAAGUAUCAGAGAAAACCAAUGUUUUAUUGUUUUACAGUGGCAGUACUGUGUAAUGUCACCAGCUUGAAAACAAGAGUGGCUCAUGCGAUCAAGUUACUAAAUGUGUAUUCAUCACUAAAGUCUCUUUCCAUGUUUUAUAGUAGUACAGGUUCUGGAUGUAGCUGUGUAGUUAACCAAUGUUUUAAGUAUAGGUUUACAUUACAGUUGCUGUGAUCAAAGAUUAACAGUUAGCUAUAUGAGUUGUUAAAGUACUUGAAGCAUAUAUGUGCUGAAGUAAUACAGAUGAAGCUUUCUAUUGACAUUCAGUGGGGUGACAUACUGUACAAAUAAAUUCAAAUGAGCCAA